GAGGACUUCACUGAAAUGGAAAAGAAGAUGGACACCACUGCUCGGGCAGUGCUGGACAUCAUGACCAAGACGACUGAGUAUCUGCAGCCGAACCCAGCAACCAGAGCCAAGAUGAGCAUGAUUAACUCCAUGUCACGUAUGCGGGGACAGGAGAAGGGACCCGGCUACACGCAGACCGAGGCCAUCCUGGGAGAGUCCAUGCAGAGGUUUGGCAGGGAGCUCGGAGAGGAGUCCAACUUUGGCAUUGCUCUGAUUGAUGCUGGGGAAGCCAUGCGUGAGCUUGGAGAGGUUAAGGACGCUCUGGACAUGGAGGUCAAGCAGAACUUUAUUGAUCCAAUGCAGAACCUCCACGAAAAAGAUCUCAAGGAGAUUCAGCAUCACCUGAAGAAAAUGGAGGGUCGCCGUCUGGACUUUGACUAUAAGAAGAAACGUCAGGGCAAAGUGACAGACGACGAGCUCAAACAGGCACUCGAGAAAUUUGACGACUCCAAGGAGAUUGCCGAGCUGAGCAUGUUCAACCUGUUGGAGAGUGAUAUUGAACAGGUGAGCCAGCUCGCUGCACUGGUCCACGCUCAGGUGGAGUACCACAGUCGCGCGACUGAGAUCCUCACACAGCUCUCCAGUAAGAUCGACGAACGGAUAAGAGACACUACUGUCAAACCGAGGAAAGAGUUCGCUCCUAAACCACGUACGUCUCUGGACUUCUCCAUCAGUGAGAACCACAAUGGAGGCAUCCACAGCGCCCGCUCUCCAGGUGGGACCCGGACCCCCUUGGACCAGCCCUGCUGCCGUGCACUGUACGAUUUUGACCCAGAGAACGAAGGUGAGCUAGGCUUCAAGGAAGGCGAUAUCAUCACCCUGACCAAUAAGAUCGAUGACAACUGGUAUGAGGGGAUGCUGCACGGCAACUCUGGCUUCUUCCCCAUCAACUAUGUGGAUAUCCUGGUGCCGCUGCCCCACUAG